AUGGCCGAUGCCUCUGAUGCUCUUGCGCCCCGGGAAGAGGAGCAUGACCCCCACUUUGAGCCUGUCAUCAAGCUUACUGAGCAAGUAGAGACGAAGACACACGAGGAAGACGAGGAAGUCCUCUUUAAAAUGCGUGCAAAGCUCUUUCGAUUCGCGACAGACUCCUCAGAGUGGAAGGAACGUGGUACAGGUGAUGUUCGUCUGCUCGCGCACAAGGAAACAAAGAAGGUGCGGCUAGUGAUGAGGCGCGAUAAGACGCUCAAAGUCUGCGCGAACCACGCGAUCUCUUCCGACAUGAAGCUGCAACCAAACAUUGGCUCUGACAGAAGUUGGGUCUGGAAGGUAGCCGCAGACUACUCUGAGUCUCCUCCGUCAUCCGAGACGCUUGCUAUACGCUUUGCCAACGCCGACAACGCGGCCCAAUUCAAGGAGGCGUUCGAGGACGCACAGAAGACAAAUGUGGGCAUCGUUGCUUCGACAGAUGGUCCUGAAGAGACGAAGCCAGAGAAUCCAGAGGAGGCUGCUGCAGAGGAAGCGUCAGAGGAGGUUCCCGCUGCCGAGGUUACGGAAGAGAAGGCGGAGGAGACCACAGAAGAGACGAAAGAAGAGUAA